AUGUGGACUAUUAAUGAUUUUCCUGCCUACGGGAUGUUGUCUGGGUGGAUGACUGCUGGAAAGUUAGCCUGUCCUUAUUGCAUGGAGAAUACUAAAUCGUUCACUUUAAAGCAUGGCAAAAAAAAUUCAUGGUUUGAUUAUCAUCGUCAAUUCUUGCCAAUGGAUCAUGAGUUUAGGAGUAUGAAAAAUGCAUUUAGGAAGAACAAAAUUGAACGAAACUAUCCACCUCCAAGACUUUCAGGAGAGGAAAUUUGGGAGAGGGUUGAGAACUUUCCGAAAGUUACUGAAGAACCACCGUACAAGUUCGAUGGGUAUGGGCUUGCACAUAACUGGACCAAAAAGAGCAUAUUUUGGGAGUUACCAUAUUGGAAGGAUAAUCUUCUUCGGCAUAAUCUUGAUGUCAUGCAUAUUGAAAAAAACUACUUUGAUAAUUUAUUCAACACAGUAAUGGAUGUCAAGGGCAAGACAAAAGAUAAUCCAAAGGCUAGAUUGGAUUUACAGGAAUAUUGUAUGCGUAAAGAGUUAUGGUUGCAGGACAAACGGAACGGGGUCUUCAAGCCUAAGGCUAGUUUUUCAUUCACAAUGGAUCAUAAGCGAAAGAUUUGUGAAUGGGUUAAGAACUUGAAGAUGCCUGAUGGGUAUGCAUCAAAUUUGGAAAAACGCGUUGAUAUGGCGCAAGGAAAGUUACAUGGGAUGAAAAGCCAUGAUUGUCAUGUUUUCAUGGAAACUUUACUCCUCAUUGCAUUUAGUAGCUUGCCCACCCGAAUCUGGAAGCCUAUGACUGAAAUUAGUUUGUUCUUCAAAGACUUGUGUUCCAGCACAUUGAGGGUAGACAACCUGGAUCGGAUGCAUCAGAAUAUUCCUGUAAUAACAAGUAAGUUGGAGAAAAUCCUUCCACCGGGAUUCUUCGAUGUGAUGGAACAUCUUCCAAUUCACCUUGCGGAGGAAGCUCGACUCGGAGGCCUAGUUCAUUGUCGUUGGAUGUAUCCCUUCGAGAGAACUAUUGGCAAGUCUAAACGGGGUAUCAAGCAGAAACAUAGAGUUGAAGGAUCAAUUUGCGAAGCCUAUCUUGCUAAGGAAACAACUCAUUUCUGUUCUUACUACUUUGGGGAUGAUGUGGCAUGCUUGCGAAACAGACCCAAUCGGCAUUAUGAAGGAGGUGAGAAUGAUGCUUUAGCGAAGCCGAUAUCAAUCUUCAAUCGACCGGGUUCAGGUUCAAAAAAACGUACAAGAGAAUUUAAUGAUAUGGAGUCUAAAUCUGCAUCGAUACAUGUCUUGCUGAAUUGCCCAGAAGUUCAACGAUAUUAUGAUUACUUUGUCCAUUUAAAUGGCGUUGAAAAAGUGUACGACCAGUUUGGGAAGUGGUUUAACGAUUAUGUUUACAGUACAGAAUAUGGUUACCAUGACCAACUUUUAAAGGACAUAUCUUGGGGACCCGGUAUGGUCUAUUCUAUGGACAAAUAUGUGGUAAAUGGUUUCAAAUUUACUACCGAAGAACGAUCUAAGCAUAUGAAAACUAACAACAGCGGGGUUUGGGUUAAAGGUGGGGAUGGAAACCAAGUCGGGGUCGAUUAUUAUGGUGUAAUUAAGGAGAUCCUAGAAUUGGAAUAUUCUGGUGGUGGAAAAAAAAGAAUUGUACUUUUUCGGUGCAAGUGGUUUGAUCCAACCCCAAAUAGAGGUACAAGGGUACUUGAGCAGUAUAACAUCAUAGAAGUAAGCCACACGAGGGAGUAUGCGGCUUAUGAUCCUUUCAUUAUUGCACAAAAUGUUAGACAAGUGUACUAUGCUCCUUAUCCCUUGCGUCCAGAUAAGUCUGCUUGGUGGGUGGUAAUUAAAGUCAAGCCUGUGGGUCGAGUGGAAGUGGAGAAUGUGUUGCCUGUUGCGUUCCAGGAUGACGACAUAUCAGUUGUUCACCAAACAGUUGACAAUGAGUUAGAAGAUGAUUUAGAGCAUGCAGAACACAUAUUGGAAGAAAUAAAUGCAGAAGAAAUUAAUGCAGAGGUGAAUGAAUGUAAUAAUGAAAACGAAACAACUGAUGAGGAAGAAUGGUCAGAAGAGGGAGAUGGGGAUGGGGAUGGGGAUGGGGAUGAGGAUUGA